UAUCCCAUCCCAACAACGAGAAAAGAAAGGGACUCUUUGAUUAUUUCUGACAACAACCUCAAUCACCAUCCUUCUCUCCACCCACCCUUCUUCUCCUCUCUUUCUUCUUUGAUCCUUUUUCCCGCGCUCUACCAUGUUCUCGCGCGCAGUUCGGCGCCAAUUCGUCGCGCCUCUGCGACGCAAUGUCAAUCCUUUCCCCAUCGUGUCCGCGAGGAGGACGGUGACGACGGAUGCCGCCUCAUCGCACGCCGAUAGGGAAAAAGUCCCGGAGGAAGAUGACAAGCACUUCGAAGUCCGCCUGUCCGACGAGAGCUUCGAGACGUACGAAUUGGAUCCUCCACCGUACACUCUCGACGUGACCAAGAAGCAAUUGAAGCAGAUGUACUACGACAUGGUCGCCAUAAGACGAAUGGAAAUGGCUGCCGACCGCCUGUACAAAGAAAAGAAGAUCCGUGGCUUCUGCCAUCUGUCCACUGGCCAAGAAGCCGUCGCCGUCGGCUGCGAGCACGCAAUAGAGAAGACUGACCACCUUAUCACCGCUUACCGAUGUCACGGAUUCGCCCUUAUGCGCGGGGGCACGGUCAAGUCCAUUAUCGGCGAGCUGCUUGGCCGGAGAGAAGGUAUCGCGUACGGAAAGGGCGGUAGCAUGCACAUGUUCACUACUGGCUUCUACGGUGGCAAUGGUAUCGUUGGUGCACAAGUUCCUGUCGGUGCAGGCAUUGCUUUUGCUCAGCAGUAUGAGGAGAAGCCAAACGUGACGCUGGCACUGUAUGGUGAUGGUGCCAGCAACCAAGGACAGGUGUUCGAGGCAUACAACAUGGCCAAGUUGUGGAACUUGCCUUGCAUCUUUGCUUGCGAGAACAACAAAUACGGUAUGGGCACGGCCGCAUCUCGCUCUUCUGCCCUUACGGAGUAUUACAAGCGUGGUCAAUACAUUCCUGGUCUGAAGAUCAACGGCAUGGAUGUUCUCUCAGUCAUGGCCGCAGUGAAGUACGGCAAGGAGUAUACUGCCGCUGGCAAGGGACCUCUUGUGUUCGAGUUCGUGACCUACAGAUACGGUGGUCACUCCAUGUCCGACCCAGGUACCACCUACAGAACCCGUGAAGAAAUCCAACGCAUGCGCUCGACAAACGACCCCAUUGCAGGCCUCAAGCAGAAGUUGCUUGACUGGGGCGUCACAUCCGAAGACGAACUCAAGGCUAUUGACAAGGAGGCCCGCACGGCCGUCGAUGCUGAGGUCGCCGAGGCCGAGAAGAUGCCACCCCCGGACCCAACAGCGAAAACCUUGUUCGAGGAUGUCUAUGUGAGAGGUUCGGAGCCACCAUUCCUCAGGGGACGCAUUCCGGAGGAGAACUUCUAUUACUUCGAGAGCGACGUGCCAAAGGAGAAGGAGAAGCCCGCACCUGCUAGAUCGUAAAGGUCGUGUCUGCGGAUGUACCAUGCCGAUUGGAAGGUGCGGGGAUGGAUGGGAAAGACGUAGGAGGGACAAGUGAUGUAAAAUACUUGCUUUAGUUCCACGCCCUUUAUUUUGCCGGACGGUGGAGCCAUAGCGAAGGCUCUUGGAAAUUUUGAUGGGAGUUCCGACUUUCAUUUGUUAUGGGCAAGGAGGAGCGAGUGCGGCAAGGGCCAUAGGAAGGAUUAUAGAAGCAUUUCAUUGUUCAAAAGUGCGAGAAAAGAAAAAACCAAGUGUGUGUAUCUGUGUUGCUUUAAGCUGAAGGCGUUUCUGCAACUCAAGCAAUGGCUUGACGUCUCUCUUUCGUACUGAUCUGCUAGAUCACGGAUGCCGCCACAUCAGCCAAGCGGAUUAUCAGAUAAAAAAAAACGUGAGAGCAAUGCUCGUGCUUUGCACCAUGCAUGUCCCUGGAU